AUGAAAGAUCACGCUUCUCCCGUGCGAACCAAAUCAACGCGACAUUUCAUCUCAGGGUUAGGAUCUGGGAUAGCAUCAGCAGUUAUCCUACAGCCCCUGGAUCUAUUGAAAACGCGAGUUCAGCAGUCCGGAGACUCCUCCCUUUCCGCCUGUUGGAAGGAGCUGCGUCAAUCCCCCCAUGUUGCACGCAGUCUCUGGCGUGGAACUGUACCUUCUGCCCUUCGAACCGGCUUUGGAUCCGCCUUGUAUUUCACUUCCCUCAAUGCUAUCCGCCAGUAUGCCCAAAGAACAAAUUUGCUAGGGCGGAGUCCUCAUAGGCAGAAUAUCUCAUCAACACUUCCCACAUUGACUGUUUGGGCGAACCUGACUUCCGGCGCAGUGGCUAGGACUUUCGCCGGCUUUAUUCUCAUGCCCUUGACUGUCAUAAAAGUUCGCUUCGAGUCAAAUUUGUACUCGUACUCGUCGGUAGCCUCUGCCGCUGCCGAUAUCCGGCGACGAGACGGGCUUCGGGGUUUCUUCUCCGGCUUUGGAGCCACCGCUAUUAGAGAUGCGCCGUAUGCUGGCCUGUAUGUCUUAUUUUAUGAGAUGCUCAAGACUCAUCUCGGCUCGCUAGCAGCUGCUACAUCCCAUGCUGGUGGUGAUCAACAGAAAAUGACAUUGUCGGCGGCAAGUUCGGUAAAUUUCGCAUCCGGAAUCCUUGCUGGAGCAGCCUGUUCUGCCGUAUCAAACCCAUUCGAUGCAGUGAAGACUCGAAUACAACUCCAACCUCGCGAAUAUCGAAAUGUGUGGCAGGCAGGAUACAAGAUGGUCAUGGACGAAGGCUUUCGCUCUCUGUUAGAUGGACUAGCUCUUAGAAUGAGUCGCAAAGCCCUGAGCUCUGCUUUGGCUUGGACAGUAUACGAGGAACUUAUUCGUAGGUUCAGCUCAUCUUGA